GAUAUGCGUUUAUUUUUUGCUGCACAAAAGAAUGACUGCCAACCUGGCUGAAGCCAGUGCUUCUGAAGAAGAUAAAAUAAAAGCCAUGAUGAUACAGUCUUUCCGUGAAUAUGAUCCAGUCCAUCCCAUGAAGAAGCCCUUGGCUACACCUCCACCAUCAUAUGUUUGCUUUCGGUGCGGAAAACCUGGCCACUAUAGAAAGGACUGCCCAAGAAAUGGGGACAGAAAUGUGGAGUCUGUUCCCAGACUGAAAAGGAGCACAGGAAUUCCAAGGAGUUUCCUGAUAGAGGUGAAAGAUCCCAACACAAAGGGUGCAAUGCUGACCAACACUGGAAAAUAUGCAAUCCCCAUUAUUAAUGCGGAAGCUUAUGCUAGAGAAAAGAGGAAAAGGCCUCCAUCUUUACCAGAGGAGCCAUCCUCCUCCUCUUCUGAUGGUCCUGUUCCAGAUGAGCUGUUAUGUCUCAUUUGUAAAGACAUCAUGACCGAUGCAGCUGUUCUUCCCUGCUGUGGAAGCAGUUAUUGUGACGAGUGUAAGUGUUAUUCCCAUGUUGUUAAUUGAAAACAUCACAUCUCAUCUUCUGAAGCAAAAAUAGCAGAGAACAAAAUUACUUUGUUACCUGUUCUAAUUAAAGCCUAAGUAUACCCUGACUAGGAAAGGACUCA